AUGGGUGCUUUAGCUUUCUUGAGCAAGCUCUACGACCAUGACACCCUCGACACCCGCUUUACCACGUCCUCUUCCACUCCCUACCAGAACGUUAUCGAGGCCCGAUCCGAUCCCAGUAUAAAGAAAGAUUCUGCCGCCAAAGAGCGCAGCCGAGCGCAACCGUCGAAAUGGAACACCCCCGAGUUCUACCUCUACUACCUUGUCAUUAUUCUUGUCAUCCCGUACAUGUUCUGGAUCACAUAUGAUGUUUCGCGAGACACCGACCCUCGUUAUCCCAAGUUCAAGAGAUGGCUAUCCCCUGGCUGGAUUCCAGGACGCCAGAUCGACAUUUCCGAUUCGCAGUACGGAACCUUUCGCGAGAACAUGCCUUAUAUGGGUUCCCUCCUCAUCUUCCACCCGCUGCUGAGAAAAGCUUGGAACAAGUUCAACCCGAUCCCCGAGAGAAGCCAGGGAGGGCGUCAACGACUCGACCAACGCGCAUCCUUCGAUUUCCUCUUCGCAUUUAUAUUCUUAUUCGCCCUGCACGGUCUAUCGGCCUUUAAGAUCUUUUUCAUCCUCUGGGUCAACUUCCAGCUGGCGACCAAAAUUCCGCGACGAUAUGUCCCCGCUGCUACCUGGAUCUUCAACAUUGCGAUCCUGUUUGCCAACGAAUUGACCGAGGGAUGGAGAUUCCGUGUCCUGUUUAGCUACAUCUCACCCCCAGUCAUGGGCUUGUAUAAGAACAAGAUGAGACUGCUAAACUCUGACCUGAUGAACUUUGGAGCUAGAAUUGACAGCACAUUCCAAGGCAUCCUGGCACGAUGGGAAGUUCUCUUCAAUAUCACCAUUCUACGCCUCAUUAGCUUCAACCUGGACUACUAUUGGAGUAUCGACCGCGGUAACUCUAAUGCGCUCGAGAAGAAGCAACUGGACCCAGCAAACCUCUCAGAAAGAGACCGUGUCAGCAUAUCCGCCGAACCCCGAGACUUCAGCUUCCGCAACUACGUAGGCUAUGCCAUUUACGGGCCCCUUUACCUGGCCGGACCCAUUGUCACGUUCAACGAUUACAUCUCGCAAUCAAAGUACCGAUCUGCCAGCAUUGAGACAAGCCGAACUAUUCGCUACGGUAUUCGUUUCCUCUUGGUGCUGCUGUCCAUGGAGGUGAUUCUGCACUACGACUGGGUGGGCGCAAUCAGCAAGGGAAAGCCUGAUUGGAGUUCGUACACGGCAGCACAGCUAUCUAUGCUGUCAUUCAUGAACCUUCACAUCAUCUGGCUUAAGCUCCUGCUCCCCUGGCGAAUGUUCCGACUUUGGUCAUUGGUCGACGGAAUUGACCCGCCUGAAAACAUGGUGCGUUGUGUAAGCAACAACUACAGUACACAGCUCUUCUGGCGAGCAUGGCACCGCUCGUACAACCGAUGGUUGAUUAGAUACAUCUACAUUCCGCUCGGCGGCUCAUCGUUCCGCAACUGGCGAACCACUGCGCGAUCUAUUCUGACCUUCCUCAUGGUGUUUACGUUCGUGGCACUGUGGCACGACAUCCAGCUGCGUCUGCUGAUUUGGGGCUGGUUGAUUGUGUUGUUCAUGGUACCUGAAUGGACUGCUGCCGCCUUGUUUCCCAAGAGCAAGUGGGAGGACCGACCAACAGCGUACCGUAUGCUGUGCUGUGUCGGAAGCGUGGGUAACGUUCUCAUGAUGAUUUCGGCCAAUUUGGUUGGCUUUGCUGUUGGACUGGAUGGACUGCAGAGCAUCAUCCAGAGCAUAUUGCAUGACUGGUCAGGCUUCAUCUUCCUCGUUACAGCCUGCUCUUGUCUGUUUGUUGGUAUUCAAAUCAUGUUUGAGAUUCGUGAAUCUGAAAAGCGACGUGGGAUUUUGGUCAAGUGUUAA